AUGUGGUUACAGCUGAAACGGAUCCAGAUUGUAACCACAGAAGCAUCUUCUUCCUAUCCCAAAUCUACACAAUCUAAUCACUCUCAUCUUCCCAUCACCAACCUAAUCUUACAUCUUCCUAUCACCAAUCCAACAUUCCCUCUUCCUAUCACCAAUCUAACCUUCCCUCUUCCUAUCACCAAUCUAACCUUCCCUCUUCCUGUCACCAAUCUAACCUUCCCUCUUCCUGUCACCAAUCUAACAUUCCCUCUUCCUAUCACCAAUCUAACCUUCCCUCUUCCUAUCGCCAAUCCAACAUUCCCUCUUCCUGUCACCAAUCUAACCUUCCCUAUUCCUGUCACCAAUCUAACCUUCCCUCUUCCUAUCAACAAUCCAACAUUCCCUCUUCCUAUCACCAAUCUAACCUUCCCUCUUCCUGUCACCAAUCUAACUUUCCCUCUUCUGAUCACCAAUCUAAGCUUCCCUCUUCCUAUCAACAAUCCAAUAUUCCCUCUUCCUAUCACCAAUCUAACCUUCCCUCUUCCUAUCACCAAUCUAACUUUCCCUCUUCUGAUCACCAAUCUAACCUUCCCUCUUCCUAUCAACAAUCCAAUAUUCCCUCUUCCUAUCACCAAUCUAACCUUCCCUCUUCCUAUCACCAAUCUACCUUUCCCUCUUCUGAUCACCAAUCUAACCUUCCCUCUUCCUAUCAACAAUCCAAUAUUCCCUCUUCCUAUCACCAAUCUAACAUUCCCUCUUCCUAUCACCAAUCUAACCUUCCCUCUUCCUGUCACCAAUCUAACCUUCCCUCUUCUUAUCACCAAUCUAACAUUCCCUCUUCCUGUCACCAAUCUAACAUUCCCUCUUCCUGUCACAAAUCUAACCUUCCCUCUUCCUAUCACCAAUCUAACCUUCCUCUUCCUAUCACCAAUCUAA